UGACCCCGGGAAUAGGACGAAGGAAACCCUAACCCUAAACUCGUUCUUCUGAUCACCGACCACCACCGUGAUGGCACCUUCGCGAGCUGCUCGGGAUGAAAGCAAGCUCACAGCCAGUUCUUCUCCCCACUCGGGUCCAAGACGGACCAAGCAAAAGCGCCAUCAUCCUCACAAUACACAAGAGUCCCUGCCCGGUGUUCAAAAAAUCAAAUCUUCACUGCGCCAAACGCGACGACUAUUGGCAAAAGAAAAUCUAGCAGCUGAUGUCCGCGUGGAGACUGAGCGAAGGCUGAAAGCGCUCGAGGCCGAUCUCGCUCGUGCUGAAACGUCAAAGAAGGAGCGAACGUAUGCUAUGAAGUAUCACAAAGUCAAGUUCUUUGAGCGCCAGAAACUGGUCCGUAGGAUCAAGCAAGUCAAACGCGACCUUACAUCUGGACAAGAAACAAAGAAGGAAAAGCUGGAAGGCGAACUCGAAGGUCUGAGAGUGGACCUCAAUUAUGUUUUGCACUACCCGAGGACUAAAAAGUACAUAUCACUUUUUCCUCCAGAAAAGCGACAAGGCGAUGCUGUCUCGACAACUCCUGACGACAGUGACCAACGCAUCACGGUCCGUGCUCUCAUUCGAGACCAGAUGCAGCGUGGCGAGAUUAGCAAACAACCUGAAAAUGAGCUCGAGGGUGGUAAUCGACCAGUUAUUUACACAGAUCAUUCUCGCAGAAACGAAGGUGAAGGAUCACGUAGAAAAGACGAUCAUACUCGCUCAGAAGCACAUCGCAUUACUGAAGGAGAUGAUUUCUUUGGCGAGGAUGGUGACAGUGAUCCAGAAGCUUCCGAUGCAUCAGAAAUAGAAGUCGAGUAGCGGAGUUUUGUUUCACAACUCAACCUUAACAUUUUUGACCAGUGAUCCGAGAAU